AUGAUACAUGUGGCUCACACCUCCACUUCCCCUGCAGGAUCCUCUAGUUCAGAAAACAAAUAUCAGUCAUGGAGAACUGACAGGAUGGCCACCAGGGAUUUGGCAGUAGGAAUGAUCCUUUUAUUACAGACUACAUUUGGAUUCCUGGGGAAUUUCUUUCUCCUUUACCAUUAUCUCUUCCUUUAUUUCACUGGGUGUAGGCUAAGGUUCACAGAUUUGAUUAUCAAGAGUCUGAUUGUAGCCAACUUAUUGGUCCUGUUCUCCAGUGGAAUCGGCUAUACAUUGUCAUCUUUUGGGUGGUAUCUUGUCCAUAAGGAUUUUGUUUGCAAAUUUUUCCCCUGUGUUCGUGCAGUGGGCAGGGGUGUGUCCAUUGGUAACACCUGUCUCUUGAGUGUGGUCCAGGCCAUCAUGAUCAGUCCCAGAAUCUCCAGAUGGGCAGAGCUUAAAGUGAAAGCUCUCAAGUGCAUUGUCCCUUCAAUUUUCCUGUGCUGGAUCCUGCAAGUGUUGAUAAAUGCCAUUUGUCCUGUGUUUCUGACUAGCAAUGGGAGCCACAAAAACACCACAAAUAGAAAAAGUUUUGGAGACUGUUCUGCUGUUCAUCAUGACAAAACCAGAGACUCUUUGUAUACAGCAUUGCUGUCCUUCCCUGAUGUUUUCUGUUUGGGGCUCAUGCUCUGGGCCAGUGGCUGCAUUGUUUUCACCAUGUACAGGCACAGGCAGAGGGUCCAACACCUUCAUAAGACCAAUGUCUCCCUCAGAACCUCUCCUGAGUCCAGAGCUACAAAAACCAUUCUUCUCCUGGUGAGCACCUUUGUCUUUUUUAACAUGCUUUCCUCCAUUUUUCAGGCAGUUUUGGCUCUUUGUAAUAAUCCCACCUGGUUCCUCUUAAAUGCCAAUUUAGUAAGCACCCUGUCUUUCCCAAGUCUCAGUCCCUUUCUGCUCAUGAGCCGUGAAUCCAGUGUAUCCAGGUUGUGCUUUGCCUGGAUAAUAAAUACAAAAUCCCCUAAUCUAAUGAGAGAUACAUAA